GCUGUCGCUCAGUCCACAAGGAGGAUUUUGGCUUCUGGAACAGCGGAAAAAGAUUGCUGGCGGUGGCAGCAACAGUGGCAUUGGUGGCAUCGACUGCGAGGGCACUCACCGACUCUUGUGCGUCUGAUCUCAUCGUCGCCCCUCGACAACGCCACCAUUUCUGCUUUGGGGAAGUCGAACAGCCCCCCCUUUAUCCCAAAGUCCACUUCAACCUCACCGCACCGUCUGCCAACAUCCUUUACCACCCAUUAUUGGAACUUAACCACUUGCCAGCUGGCAGCCCGCGCCCACCAUCGCCAUGGCUCCCGCCGACUUCUUCCUCAAACUGAGAAACACCUAUUUUGGCCAUGCAGGUGCGUUGGACGCUUCAUUGGUUCGCAGCUGGCGACGAGUCGGCUCCCCUGAAACUAGUUCUCCCACAGACCUUCAGUGUCUCUGAAUGAAUGGGUUGUCAAUCUAAAAAAAUUCUCCUCCCGAAUCCACCACUGAUCAACCCAUGAUCCCAAUCGUCGCGUUGUUCAUGGAUCUCUUGUCUUGACCCCGACUGAUGCGGUUACAUAUCGAUAAUGUCGUGACCGACCCUGAUGGCUGGUGCUGGUUGCUGAUCCCAAUGACGAAACAGACAAGGACAAGCCUGUCAUCUCAUCUACCACGGCGGCCAUUCUAUCGGUCGCUUGCACGCUUAUCUACGUCGUCCCUUUCUACCUGUCAUCGUCAACCCGACCAUCGCCGACACUAAACCGCGAUGCUCCGAGCGUUAUUCGUGCACGCAUUCGAACCGUCACGUUGGCCUGCGUCAUUGGUAGCGCUGGCACUCUAUAUCUGCUCAUCGCAACGGCGAAGCUCUCUCUAACCGAUGCCUUGCAUAUGCUGGGUUGUUGGCCAGUUCGACCAUGGGAUCUGUUCAGAUCCUUCACCCUGACAUUCCUGUUGUACGUCGGGCCACUCUUUGAGAAGAUAUUUGUCGAAGGAGAGUUCGACGACUUGCGCCAUCGUGGUGUUGCUGCGAUUAGCGAAAGUCUCAGCAGUUGGCAAGGCUACAGGAACUACGUCGCGGGCCCAAUCACCGAGGAAGUUGUUUUUCGCUCAGUUCUAAUUCCAAUCCACCUCCUCGCCAAAAUCUCCCCGGGCAAGAUCGUCUUCCUGACACCUCUCUAUUUCGGCAUCGCGCAUAUCCACCACUUCUAUGAGUUUCACUUGACGCACCCUCACGUCUCACUCGUGCCGGUUUUCUUGAGGUCGCUACUCCAGUUCACCUACACUACGCUUUUUGGGUGGUUCGCGGCCUUUAUCUACAUACGCACGAGCUCGCUCUAUGCCUGCAUCAUCAUUCAUUCAUUCUGCAACUGGGUCGGUCUUCCCCGUUUUUGGGGCCGCGUGAGAAGACCGGAGUACUACCCUAUUUCCCCUGUUGUCAUCCGCGGCAAAGACGAUACGGACCUCGUCCAGGCUUCGACAGAGGGCAAAACACUGCGGUUACGGUGGACGGUGGCGUAUUACCUGCUUCUAGCGGCGGGUGCAUAUGGCUUUUAUCGAGGACUUUGGCCGUUGACGGCAUCAGAGGCGGCUUUGGCCGAGUUUGCGCGCGAUAAACGUAGAUAGACAAGUUUUUCUAGACGCGUUCAUGUGGAAUUCUGCAGGGCAAUGAGCCAAGCCCAUGACUUUCCGAGUUGCAAUCACAGAAAGAGGCGUUCUCUUAACAUUGAUGGACCUGAAUUUCACAAAUCAACUAAUGUUGAACGAAUCAACCUUCGUUGAGUACUACUUAUCUAGUCUUCA